CGGGCGGCCGUUGCCGGUCCCGGCCCUGACCCCGCCGCUGUGGCCCGGCCCGGCCCGGCUCCCCAGGCCGGGGAUGAAGCCGCCGGCCGGGAAGGAGGACGGCCGGCGGCGGCGGUGGGCGGCGGGGGCAAUGGCGGAGAGCAACGCGGACUGGAUGGGCUCGCUGCCGGCGGCGCUGCGCUCCUACCCGCUCUCCAACCUGGCCAUCCCGGGGUCACAUGAUUCUUUCAGCUACUGGGUUGAUGAGAAGUCUCCUGUGGGACCAGACCAAGCCACAGCCAUCAAACGUUUGGCCAGAAUUUCCUUGGUUAAAAAGAUCAUGAAGAAAUGGUCAGUGACUCAAAAUCUGACUUUCAAAGAGCAGUUGGAAGGUGGGAUCCGCUACUUUGAUCUUCGUGUAUCUUCCAAACCUGGGGAAAUAGGACAAGAGAUUUACUUCAUACAUGGCUUGUUUGGCAUCAAAGUGUGGGAUGGGCUGAAGGAGAUUAACACCUUUCUUGAGCAGCACCCCAAGGAAGUAAUCUUCUUGGAUUUCAAUCACUUCUAUGCCAUGGAUGACAGCCAUCACUUCUUCUUGAUCAACAGGAUCCACUCAGCCUUUGGAUCCAAACUUUGUUCUGUUGAAUGUGUAGAAUAUGUGACGCUAGAGUACAUGUGGGAGAAGAAACACCAGGUUCUUAUAUUCUACCACUACCCUUUGUAUCAGGAAUACCCCUUCCUGUGGCCAGGGAAUAAAAUGCCAGCACCAUGGGCCAAUACAACCAACGUGCACAAACUGUUACAGUUCCUGGAGACCACUCUUGAGGAGCGAAGUCGUUAUGGGACUUUUCAUGUUUCUCAAGCAAUUCUCACACCUCGAGUGAAAACUAUUGCACGGCAUCUAAUUCGUGGUCUGAAGAACACGCUUGUUCAUAGGAAUCUGCCCAUGAUUUUAAAUUGGGUGAAAGCACAGAAACCAGGUGUUAUGGGUGUUAACAUAAUUACGUCAGACUUUGUGGAGCUGGUUGACUUUGCUGCUACAGUUAUUGCAUUGAACGACCUUCUUUUAGAAGAUGAUGAAUCUGCAAGUACAUCGUGAUUGCUGUGUCCCACUUGUGCUCCUCAGUGGACAUCUUUGAACUAUGCUAAAUGUUGUAUUUAUUAAGUGAAACCUAUUGUAAUCUGCUUAUUUAAAAAAAAAAGUUUUCUAGAGGAAACGUGAUUAAACACCACAUACAGGCAGGUCCCUUCUCCCAGGGAUGCGUGGGUCCGAGUGGAACAGAAAGUGCUUUCUGAGUGCCGCUGCGUGUUUGUCUGUGGCUACGUGUUUGACUAAGUUAUGCACACAUCUGCUGCAGUCCGGCGCAUUGUCUGCCUGCCAACAAGAGGCUGGCCUCCGAAGCAGAUGUACCCGAUUAUGGUGCGCGUCUCCCUGGUGACUGGACUCACCGUGCCCUUGUGUGCACAUCCUGCUUAUUUCUCAACACCAGGGCUCAAACCGAGGAUCGCUGCUGAUCCCUUAGCAGCAGUGUGACCAGGCUAGCCGAGAUGGUAUUGUUCUUGGGCCACCUCAGGCGUAGCUGGGCUCAGCUGGAGGCUGCUGCUGUAUUCAUUACACUGUUUUAGACACUACCUCUGACUUACUUGAAGAAACAAUAUUGCUGUUGUUCAGGGGGAAGCUGUUACGCUGUGUUGAAUUAUCUGAACUGUCCUUUGGGCCCGAGAGGCGAAGGCUUGGCAUGCUCUGCCUCUUUGGACUCCAAACUCUUCCUCUGGACCUUUUAUUUUAUGUUAAUACUUUAAUACAUGUAUUGCAACCAUGUUUAAGUGUGUUUCUUUUGGAGAAUAUUUCAGUCUUCAAGUCAUGAGAAUCAUAACUCACAAGUCUGAAUUCCUGUUGUGAGACAUAUGAGAAACCACAGCACAACGUUUUUCUUGCUCGGCACUUGUUUUUUUCCAUCUAUCAAGUUUUCUUUGGGGAAAGUCUCUCACCCAGAUGGCCUUUCUCUGGAAGGAGGUGGGCUAAGUGGGAGUUUGCUUGGUAUUCAAAGAACUGGAGCUGCCAGGGACUGCUCAAAACACAAAUACUGCAUCUCUGAUUUGCGAUGUGACAAUGAAUUUUGAAAUCAGACCCAAAAGUUGUGGUUGUUGUUGGAGAGCCACAGCUAUGGGGGAGAAAAUUCCCCAGCCUGCACCUGCUUGUGACAAAGUAAGCAAUAGUCACACAAGCAUGGGGAGGUGUCAGUGCUGCUUCUUUCUGUAGUCAUACUCAUUUUUGUGUUGAUUCACAACAAAAUGUGACCACUUGUGCUUGAGUCGGUGCAGUCACUUGUUGGUACUUAUCAGCACUUAACUGGCUAGCUGAUAGCAGUCCUACACUCUGAUUUAUCUUUGGUUUAAAAAAAAACCAAAACCAAGCAAACACAGAAGUGACUGGUUAGCAGAUACUUCUCUGUUCAAUCUUCUUCCUAAAGCAACCAUUGGUGCACUAGUUAUUCAGUGGUUAUGAAUUUGUAUCAAUCUCUAGACUAUUUAUAAUGGAAAGGAUCAUCUUUACAGAUAUUUUAUUCAAAAGUAAAGUGAAUCUCCAGAUUUAUUAUUUAUUUUGUUAUCGUACCCUGUGUCUGCUAUCAUGGUCUGACAGCCCAGAAAAAUCCAAAACCUCUUUGCUUGCUUGUCACAAACUCUGAACUCAGGACAAGUUUAUCUAAAGGUUUGCAAACCUUCCAUGUGAACCUUGGUCGAGUUCUGAGCAGACUGUAAUCUGAUUUAUCUGUUUGUUGCAUGGUUUUCAUUAGAGUUCCUUGAAUUUUUUUUAACUGAAUCUUCCUUCUAAGGGAGUUGGGGCAGGGGUGUGUCUGUCUCUCAAACUGUCUUUCUCCUUUCCUCUUGUGUUUCAGUGACAGGGUGUAAGUCAUGAAAAUCAGUUUUUGGGAACUAAAGCUCAAAUUUCUAGUUUAAAACUUCCUUUGAAAACACUAGCAGAAGGUUUUUAUUAUUUUUGGUAUUUUUUUUCUUGUCGAUGAAACUGUUGGAACCUGUUCUGAACAGUGCUAUUUUGUUUGCAAAGUUAUUUAAAAUACCUGGAUUUCCCUUAGCUGAAUUUUGUGUUAACCUACUUUUCUCAUGGCCCCAGCUGAAACUCCAUGAUAGUGUUAAAUGUAUAUGUUUGGUUUCAGUGUCCUUUUAGCUGCAAAUUGUCUUAGAGCUCAGAACUCAGAAAAACUUGGUUUGAAUGCUGAUGAGGCAGAAAUAAUGUUUGCAAGGUUUCCUGCAGAACUGGAGGACAAAGUGAGAAGGUGAAGUGAGUAUGAUGUUUGCAUUCAACCUUUAAUAUAUUUUGUACUGUAUAUAUCUACCUCAAAAGAGUUUUAUCGGGCUUAACCAAUGUUUAUAUUGUACAUGCAGAGUAAUGACUGUUGUUAGUCCUGUUGUAUUUAUUUGGAUAGAGAUGUGAUGGUUGUAACUCAGGGCUUUGUUUAGUUAUAUUUUAAGUACAAACUCGGAAGUUUCUCUUAACAUAUUAGCUGUCAGCUCUUGCCUCUUGAAAUAGGACAAAGGCAUGCUAGGUGUUAAGAGUGUUAGUAGAGGGAGAAGAAAUGGAAUAUAGCUUUAGGAUUAAUGAUGAAGUGUGUGUAGGGAGGAAACCAUUUCUCUAAGUUUGGCCUGUCUGAAGAGACUCGUGUCAUUUUGGAGCCGUCCGAGGUGUUAUGCCUCUCUGAGGAACCUGACAGUCUCAAUAGUGAGUUGGGCAACUGGCAGGUACAAUUGCCUGCGAGAGGAUAUCUCCAGUGGAUACUCUGGGAAACGUUAAUGCUGAUGCUUAGAAUUGGUUUUAGGGUAGUCCUAAGUAACAUGAGUUACCUUUCUUCUGUUAGACAUUAUAGCCCGUAACAAAGCUACCUGUAUAAUAGGCUUAUCUCUCUGGCACAGCACCACAACGUAUCCAGAUUCCCUCACACUUUGCAAAACAGAGCUCAUCUAGACUUGGACUUUGGGCUGCGGACUCUAUUUUCCAGCAUUAUAAAAAUAAAAAGGUGAGCUGGGCAGGAAGGGAGAAUCAAGGAAGUAGGGCAAUCGUUUGCAUCCAGUGCCCACAUUGAAGGUGUGGUAGCGUUUAGCCAGGUUUCAGGCAGCAGUGGAGUGGAGCAGGUCUGGCAGGUGAGUGACAGUGGCCACAGCUCAUACCGAGAAACUCAGCCAAGAGUCUGGCCUGUGAGUGGGCUGCAGCUGGGUGGAGUAUGGAGCAACUAGCAGCCUGCAAGGUCAUGUAUGUAUGAGCUCGAGGAAAAUAAAGAUUGGCAUGAAUCCAGAAGGCUGGUGGUUCCUUGCUGUUGACACAGACCUGCACCUGUUGAAUGCAGUGAUUGUCUUGCUUCUCUCUUCCCUAAGCAGUAGGAUUCACUUUUAAACAGUUCAGGUGGAAAACUCCCCCAGAAGAAUUGUUCUGAGGACCAUUCUGUAGGUGCUGGGAGAAGAAAAGCUGGGAAACCAGUAGCUGCUUGAGGCAAAGUACUUGAAUUGCAUAUUCUUGAGUAAUUACUUGUAUGGUUUGUUAUUACAGAUUCAGGUUCCUUACACAUUGUUUUAUGACUGUUGUAUCUGUUUGUAAUGUACAAUCACUGAAUGCCGAGCACAUUGAUGGUAUGCUCGUUCUCCUGGCACUGAUUGCUGCCAUGUGCAAUUCAAGGGCAUACCUGAGGCACAGGAGACCUCUGUUAUGUAUCCAUGACGGGAAGCAGCAGGGAGAAAGUUGUUAGGAACUGUAUAUGAGGUUUUGGUAUCUUACCGUAUGUUUGUAGGUGAAAACAAAGAGAAGUUACUAGAUUUUUACAGACUAUUAUUUGCUGGGCUCCUUAUUUGGGAACUACUGUCCUAAUAAAUUUAACUGUGGAGCUGGGAGUCGUAAUGUUGACUAUUUUUUUAAUUUUAUUUUAUUUUUUUUUACAAUAAAACACAGAUUCUUUCUGUCCCAAUUUUAUCUCAAGAUCUGAAGGGGUACCAACUUGCCUGUGCUUUGUUUUCUGUGAUGGAGAGGAUCCCACUGGAGUCAGUGCUGGCAAGGCAAGUUUCACGGGUGCUGUGGUCAGUAAGAGAUGUCAGACUGGGAGUCUUCAAAGCAGAAAUGCUGACUGCAAAAAGGCCCCUGUUCUGCUAAACAGACUCUUUGGAGAAGAAAGGAAUAACAGGAAAAUGGUAUCUUUGCUCCUGACACAUGCAGUUUUCUGCUGUUUUGGUACUGAGUUAAUAUGUUGGAGUUUAGAAAGCACCUGUGCUGUAAAGCUGAAGAAGCAUUUUUGAGCAGGGAUUUUGGCUCAAACAGAAGUAGGGCAUCUGCCAAGAUGCUUAUCUAUUGUUUUCAUUUGGCUAAGCCUUUGGAAAUAUUUUCUUUGUGUACCUGUCUCAGGUGUCAGUUCAUUGUAUCACCUAGCAGACCAGGGUUUAGGACUUCUAUAAACAGAAGACGUGGCUGUUUUGAUUUAAAAUUGGGUUACCCAUGGAAGUCUGUGUGACUUGAGGUUUACUUGAAUAUACAGUAUUUUAACACAGAGUCCAUAUACGGUGUUAGUAAGACUUUCAUCUAAAUUUGAGCAUAUUGUUAGCAACCUCUAAUAUGCAAAUUCUUUGGUCAUAGGACCACUGUUUGGGACAAAAUUUCAGGCAAACUUUCCGUGGUUGUUCAAACACAGAGAAACUGUCUAAUGCGAAGAACAGAACUUACCCAAAACUUCAUUCAAAAUUCAAAUCGGGUCAAGAUGUAGUCCUUUCAGCAGUGGAGAAGGUGGUUUUAUUUUUUUUGUCUGACAAAUUCUUAUUCCAGCUUUGGUUUUUGACUCAACAGACUGGUAGAAGAGCCAGAGCAUAUGCUGAAGAGCAAAUAAAUUUUAUGCUAAAGACAUGUAUGUUGGGCUAACUGUGGUAAGAGUAUAGUGAUUUAAUUAGUCAUACCUUCCAGUGAUAAUCCUAUUAGUUGUUUGAUUUAGGUUGUUAAAUCAAUCUCUAAUUUGUAUUUUAAAAAAUCAGUCCCACUUGUUGAAGAAAUGUGUGUACUUCUGUAAGUGUAUUUAUUUCUCUACAAGUCUUACCAAGUAAACAAGCUUUAACUUUUAAUUGUAGGGACUGGCAUAGGAAUGUCAGCUUUAGACCUGUUUGCUGAAUCUAAUUGUAUUUUCCUGAAUAUUUAUGUAUUGCGUGUUGUUCAUUGAAAUGGUACUUCUCUUACCCUUUGUUACAACUGUGAUAACUUCUUCUGUAUCUCACUUAAAUUGAACUGCAAUGUAUUUUUAAUUCUCAAAAAAGUAUUGAUCAGUACAUCCUAUAUAAAAAUAAUUUUGAUGGUUCUUUGAUUUUUGCUCAAUGUCAAAUGUAUUUUGCAGUUGGAUUUUUCUAGUUGUGCUAUUUAUACUGUGGAAGGGGGCAGAGGGAGCCAGGUGAAGAGGAGUUACCUAUUCUCAGUUUAUAUUUUGUGUAGUUUCUCUUCUCUCUCUUGGCAGUUUGUGCUUUACCCAUCUGUCUGUUUUGUGAAACCAGGAUGCCUCAUUUGAACUGCAUAUAAACUUGGGCUGACAUCUUGUUUCUUUCAGCUUUACUCUGCACCUAUACCAUUGGGGUUUUUAAUCCUGAAAAUAAAAGUACAACUUGGCGUUCA